AUGGAUUUUUACAGGAUUAUAGAGAUCGGUCGGUUGCAGUUCGAUUGGGCCCUGAUCACGGAUAUGAUAGAGCGGUGGCGACCGGAGAUACACACAUUUCAUCUACACAUCGGCGAGGCUACCAUCACGCUAGAGGACGUGAAAGUUCUUUUCGGGUUGCCCGUUAAUGGUAUACCUAGGCUCACUAGUUUCCAGCAUUUGGAGUCGACUGCGUUGAGUGGGGCCAGUCGAUUGCAGCUGACGCCUAUUAGGCAACAUCUGGUGACGCUGCACGCAGAGAUUACUAAUGACUCACCGCUAGAGGAUAUCCACCGGCAGACAAGGCUGUUGCUGCGGAUGAUGUUUGGUGGUAUACUGUUCCCGAACAUUUUAGGAAACCUAGUCAGCUUGCGAUUUCUAUAUCAUCCAGAACGGUUAGAUGAUUUACCUGGUUACAUCUGGGUGGAGCUGUUCUAG